UAAGUAUAUAAUUAUACAAAUAUACAUUGUACACAAAUAAUCACAAAAUCUAUAUUUAUUACAGUUAAAAAUAUAAUAGAACGAAACAUUUUGUUUAAUCUCCGAAUAAUACACUUUUUGAAAUUAUUCACGAAAUUAAUCGCAGUUCUCGAUCUUCAUACAGGGACAUCGAUUGGUAAAUUUUAAUAUUUUUUUCUCUUCUAUCUCAAAACAUUCCUCUUCAAUCUGUACACGGGAACCGUAUUAAAAGUAAUGGCUUACUUGGAUACUUUUUUAAUAUUUAAAAAAUUCUACACCAAGCACGUACUCUCCUCUUACGGUCCAAUGAAUCGGUCAAUCGAAUCGAUACACCGUUAAUCACGAUCGAGAUUUCACUGCAACAGGAAGACGGGAAAAGUUAUGCAAUUUUCAUUACGAUCUUCCAUCGAGCGAUCGCAACAUGUUCGAUUCUCGUUCCCGGUAUCCGAGUUUAUCUCCGUCAGGCGUGGCAUCGAUUGGCGAAGAUCGAUUCCCAUUGGCCGCAGCCGCGAGCUUCGGUAUCGUGGACUGGCCGGCGACCAAUCGAGGAUCGAGUCGCCUCCCCUCGGCUCGCCACGCCUACUCGGGCUAGGAGGGGGGGGCGAGAUUGGCUCCGUGACGGAGUGGCCCGCGUCAUCGCGAUGUACGAAGCUUCCACCAGGUUCAGAGUUGAUCGCGAGUUCCAGUCAUCCGAAAACACUUAGCGGCGCAUCAGCGCGACGUAUGCCAAAGUGGCAAGUUUAAAUAAUUGACCCCACCGUUCCACCUCGCGCAAACAAUUUACAUACGUAAAUAACGGCUUCUUUCAUCCUCCUUUCGUAUUGUGGUCACGCGUGGAAACGUCACGCGAAUUCGUCCCCGCGUGUCGUGUGCAACGACCGAAACGACAAACAUAAAUAACAAAUAAUACGGGGAAAUAGAUUUUUUUUUUUUCUCUCCCAUGCCUCCUCCGGAAUUCCGAUCACGAGUGGAAGAAAUCGGUCGAUAAGUGGCGCGAUAAGUUUUUUAAAAUAUUUCGUCGAUUUAUUCAGAACGAACCUCGGUCACCCGUGAUUUUCCGAAUGAUCGACAGAAAUUAGUGAAACGAAACUGGUGCUCGGCUCCCCAGAGUCGUAUAUCGGUCGGUGAGGUGAACGAACUAUGUGUAUAUACACAUGCAUGUAUAUAUAGUUGGAAUUUUUAGAAUGUUUCCGACCGAGUGACAAAACUGGCCACGACGGAUAUCCAUGGAUCAAACGGUGAUCGUCCCGUCGACUCCUCGGGGAAGCGCCGUGGACGGCUCGAGGAUCGCGAUGAAGAACGAGACGGAUUCGAGUGUUCACGUGCAAGAUCACCAGUCGACCCAUUCCAACCCGACGGUGGUCCCUCGAGCCAACCUAGCCAUUUCCAACCCUCUCUCCCAGGACCAGAGUCUGGACACGCUGAUGUGCGGCCAAUCGACGAGCGAACUGCCUAGGAAGCCGGGGGCCCGGCGCCAGGAGAAGCCACCCUACUCUUACAUAGCGCUGAUAGUGAUGGCGAUCCAGUCGAGCCGCGAAAAGAGAUUGACCCUCUCGGAGAUCUACUCCUUUCUCCAGCAACAUUUCCCCUUCUUCCGCGGCGCGUAUCAGGGAUGGAAGAACUCGGUGCGCCACAACCUCAGCUUGAACGAGUGCUUCAUCAAGCUUCCCAAGGGGCUGGGGAGGCCCGGCAAGGGCCAUUACUGGACCAUCGACCCCUCGACGGAGUACAUGUUCGAGGAGGGAAGCUUCCGCCGACGGCCGCGAGGCUUCCGCCGCAAGUGCCAGGCGCUGAAGCCCCAGUACCCCCAAUACUUCUCCGGGAGCGGGCCGGUGCAGGCGGCCGGCUACGAGAACCUGGCGCCCGGCGCCGUGGAGUACGCGAACGGGUAUCAAAACCAGUACCAGAAUUACCAGGAAUACGCGAUGUACGCGCCGGGUGGCGCGGUGUCCUCCGAUUGGCCGUACCCCGAGGCAGCGUACAAAGCGGCGCCACCCAUCGCCGAGGUGACUUACAAGACGACGGAGGUGACGUACAAGACCGGCGAGUCGUCGGUGUACAGGAACGGGGAGAUAGUGGCGUUCAAGAGCGAGCCCGGCUACGUGGCCAGGAGCCAGGAGCAGCUGACUUACAGGCCGGCGGACGGAUUCGCGGUGAAGGACCAGCAGCACCACCCGGAACCAGUCUACAAGGAGAGCGAGGCUAUCAUGUCCUACAAGUGCCCGUCCAACCCCGCGCCGACCACUCAGGCGCCUGGCCAAGAUUAUUACGUCGGUUACGGCCUGGCCGGGGUCAACAGCAACGUGAACGUUGGCAUGCAGGCCAUCCAGGAACAAACGGGGAGCAGCAGUCCCGCGGGGAACGUGAAUUCGCCCCACAGCGGAUGCCAGACACCUGUAACGGAUAAUGGUAUAAAGAUGCAGUGCUCCAACUCGAAUUCGAACAGCUCGGGAGGCGGGCUGAUCGAUCGUAAACCAUCCUACUUUGGGCAUCCAGCCGGAUCCGUCACCUUGAGCUCGUUAAGCUCCCUGAGUUCUCUAAAUUUGAGCAACAUCGGCGGAUUGAGCAGCGGAUUGAGCAUAUCGAAUAUACCUGGCACGGUCUCGUCCAACGUUCAUCACACCACGACCGCACCUCCGACCACCAUGUACUACGAUCCGAUUAAAUACAGCAUGUCGAACGUGUGACCAUCCGGAAGAGAAUAUUGAAACGUUGAAAGUGCGACAAAUCGGGAUCAUUCUCGAUAAGAUUCCUCGGCGAGGAAAAUUCGAAUCGAGUGCGAAUGUUGAAAGUUAUGUUGAAAGGAAGGAAGGAGUCUAUUACUUUUUUAAACGUCGCUUCGUCAAAGUGUAUAUUGAGAUUUUAUUUAUAUUUAUAGUUAACGAAUAAAUGUUACUAAUUUAAGUCACGCGAAUCAAUUCGAUGAAAUGUAAAAUUAAAAAAGAAACUGUUCUUCGCUGAGAAAGAAAGGAACGAAGAAAAUUUUUUUCUUUUUUCUUUUUGGCUUCAAUCAUGCUUCGACGAUGGUUGUGGUUUCGAAAUAUAUAUAUAAAUUCGAAUUAAGACAAUCUACAACUGCCGAUGAUGUGUAUCAAAGCGAGCUGAAUAAUAUCAACGCGACGUCGCGACAUGGUUUUGCGGUGACGAUAAAGGAUUUGUUGAUAACGGCAAAGUCUCUUUCCUAGUCCCUCCACGAAUCGAUUCCAGGAAUUUCGUUUGUCAGACGGCUUGGAACUUGACGGUUAUCUCGCGUAACAAGAUCAUUAUACUUUUUAUCGAUCGAUUUAUCGUACGACGAAUUAAUUUUUUUUUUUCCUCCGUAGCUUCGAUCAUUCCUUGUUUAAAAUAAAUUUGAAUUCUUCGUAAAUGAUUUGAUGAUUCUUUACUCAUAAAAAAAAAAAAAAAAAAGAAGAAAAGAAAAAAAAGAAGAAACUCGCAAGAGGAACAAAUUUUACGAUCUCAGAAGCUGUUUUUUGUUUUUUCUUUCUUUCUUUUUUUUUUUUUUUUAUUCAUUUCUUCGCUGUAAAAAAAGGAAAAAAAUAAGAAUAAAAAGACCGAACAUGAAAAAAUUCCUCCGUUUCACUUUCGAGGGCUUCGAAGAGGAACCAGUCGAUUCUUCGCAGGAAGGUUAUAAAAGGAGAUAAUGCGGUCGUGAACGAUAGUAACAUGUUUUACCAGUAAUAACGAGCGACAGAUUUCUAUUGAAACAGCUUGUCGCUGGAUCCCUGCCAUAAAAAUGACGAGAACAAGUUGAAGAAGGCUCCUUUCGGCCAGCCAGGACACGACUUAUUUGAGUAACAUGGAGCUUCCUCUCGUCGACCUUCUUUCUCGUCACGUGUUCAAAUAGCACCGGUUCCUCUUACCGAUAUUCUUACGAAUCACGUUGUUACACUUCUCCGCGAAAAUCUACUACGCUCGAUUAUCGGAUGUCACGUCCAAAAAUAAUACACGUGAUAUCCGAUCCAGAUUUCAUUAUCGCCGAGCGGAGAAAGAAGAGGAAGAAAGAGAUGCUUGGAAAUUUUGCCGGAUCGAUCGGAAGGGGAUGACCUUUCUCUUCUCUCUUCUAUCUCCUUGCGAAUCUUUGUGUUUUGUUGUUUACACCCAAGUAUAUGGUGAAUGUGUUUACAACGUUUAGAACGGUGAAAAAAUACAUUGUGCUGUAAUAAUACUCGAAUAUAAUACUUGCAAUCACGAGUUUCAUUGCACCAUCGCCAUUAACGGAUAGAUGACCCUUUGUUUCGGUGAUUCAAGCUUCGCUAUUUAUCGAUGAUUUCCUUGAAUCGGCUUCAGGGAAUCAAGAGGCACGAGAUUGCUUAUGUAAUAAAUUAGAGAAUGUUAUGCGAGAUGGUGGAUCGCAUGUGGUGUCGGCUUACACGAAACAGAUUCAUAACUGACAUUAAUUUCGCAUUAAGAUAUUUCCCCUCAUCCCCGAUUCGGAGAUUGAUCUUGCUCCUUAUGGGAAUCAGGAUCGUUCGAUCCCUUUGUCAAUUCUUUUGCACUGUAUUUAUGUCAAGUGGUUGCAACUUUGUUUUCAUUCUCUGUAGCAAAAUUUCUCAUCAAGUUUUUCUAAUACUAUAAUGGAUUAAAUUGUAUAUAAUAAAUGACGUUACCUUUU